CGUGGUGUCUGCGUUGCGUCUCGCGAGGUUUUUUCUUUCAUCUCCCGAAAAGGAUGUUAAAUGUGAAAUUUUGCAUUUUUUCAAUGUGAUUUUCUGAUCGAAAUUGGAAAAUAUUUCUAAAUAAAUUACAAGGAAAAUAUACCAACAAACAAACAAGGGAUUUUCUCUAUGACCAAAUCUACAAUAUAGUCUACAAUUAAUCCAUUAUAAAAUCUAUACACAGCAGAGAUAGUGUGUAUAAUUUUUGUUUUUUUUUUUUUUUAAAUCAAAAAAGUAAAGUAAAAAGAAAAAUCCCUACCCAUUUUUGUGUUUUUGAAAAAUAAGAAGAAAAAGAGUAUACAAGUGCAUAAAUGAAGUUUUACAAGUGCCGCACAAUUUGUCAAGCUUUUUGCUUUUUGUUCGCGUUGCAAAAUCCAUAAAGUGCGAAAAGAAAGUUAAAAAGAAGAAAAUAGCAAUUAUUCUGAAGUCUUUUUUGUUGUGUACUUCAACUUCGACUUCCGCAUCGACCCUGCUCCCGGGAGUCUCGAUUCCAGAAUAUUGAUGUAUAGCAGGAGUUUUGCAUUUGGAAUACAAUUUUAUUGGAUUAUUGGAAAAAAAUAUAACUUAACAGAUAAAAACUCUACAAAACUCUACAAAAUCUAUAUACUCAUCUCAAAAUGAAGACUUGAAAUCAUACACCAACAAAAAAAAAUUACAAUUCCGCAUCGUCAUAAUAAUUCAAACACCAGGAACCAAUCUUUUUAUAACAUUUUAAUAUAAUUAUUAUAUUAUCAUAGUUGGCAUCUCUAAAAUCAUCCACAUCAAAACUUCUACGUAAUCAUGGAGAAGCCGAUACACCCAUCGGCCGUUGGGCCUAAGGUUUCGCAAAUAGCCAAUCUAUUCCAGCGAAAACAACCCAUCGAAAUAGCAAAUCCCGUUGAAGUAACAACAAUUGCCCCACCAACAAAAGAACCCCAAAUGCCCCAGGCACCAACUGUUACCGUCGUUCGCACUGAAUCCCAUUCGACGCGUUUCAAUCACGCUCGAUCCCUGUUCGAAAAAUUAUCGGUGGAAAAUAAUUCGAACAAUCCAGCAGCGUUGAGUGUUAAAAUGUCCAGAUCGGGCAGUCGAGAAGAUAAUCUCUGUAGUGACAUAAAUUACAUCGAUCGACGUUCACCAUCGCCAGCAAAACAUCGUAACAGUAGUCCAUUCCCGCCUGGACAGCAGGCAUCAUUGAUGAACAAUAAUUGCCCAUCAGCAGCAUCUGGUCAAAUAAACGGAACAAAGUUCAUUGAACAACAAUCUAAAUUACAUCAUAAUAUUUCGCGCAUUAAGUCCGAGGAGACAUCUAGCGGUGGUGAGAAACCGGAGAAACCCGAGCGAAAGUUCAAUUCACGGGAAUUGAUUGAGAAACAAAAGAAGUGGACUUCUCACUUCACCAAGACAAAGACGAAUCGAUCGCAUAGCGAUCCAAAUCGUUGCGAUAUUAUUCGCACGGGUCCCGGUACCGCUUUGAUACCUGGCAGUAUUAUCCAAAUGAAAGAUCCUGUUCUCUUGAAUAAUAAGAACGCUAACGCCAACAGCAACAGCAACUCCAACGCUAACGUAAAUAGUAAUAAUCUAAGUAAUAAUAGCGUUAGUAGUAAUAAUAUUUUCACGGGAGUCUCCAAAUCACUGGAUAUGUCUCUGGACGAGGAUAUGCCACCGAGUCCACCGGUGCGUCAUUCAGUUCAUCCGCCCGAAAUAAAACCUCGCAGUACCGUGAAAAUUGGUAGCCCUGUCAAGAGUCCUCCCUUGCCGCCCAUUCCGUCAUCCAAGCCAAAAAUUAUAAGCCCCGUGAAGUUCCAUCCGGAACGCAUAAGAUCUCCAACAAAAGUUUCCGAACCGCCACCACCACCGCCAACGUUACCAACAUCUCCUCCACCACCACCGGCUAAGUUGGUCAGCAAAUCAUCGAUAGAAGAUAUACCGCCCGAAUUGCCGCGCAAAAGAUCUAUGGACAUCUUGGAGGAUCAAUUGCAAAUGAUCGGCAGUGGGUUGGAGCGAAAACGUUCAUCCGUGGAUAAGGAUAGCGGCAUGUUUUCGCCAGCUCAUGCGGUCAGUUCGUCACCGAGCCCAGCACCGAGUGCUUCGUCAGGUCCAUCGAGCCCCGUUCACACCGAGGAUGAGAAGCAGGAAAACGAAUCCACGGAGAAAUCUGAAUACUUUAGUAUGCCGAGUGAAAAUGAAGGACGAGCUCAAAAAUCAUCAGAACGAAGUGAAAACGAUCCCUCGAUACAGUCUGUGCAACAAGAAGUCGUGGUACCCAGAAUCAAGAAAGUUUCAAGCAUUUGUCUUAAUUUGCCUGCGGCUGGAUUGGGUUCUCGUCCAGCGAGUAUUAUAAGCUCGGUUAGUACCGAUGAAGGAGGAUUCAAUGAGCCAUCGCCAGAAAUUAAGGCCAAACUUAAGCCUGCCUAUGAUUUCGAGCCACAAAAUUUCGUAGGAUUAGGAGGAGGAGGAGCUCCCGAUCAGCAACAGCAUCACAAUCCUCUAUUAGAGGAUGAGAUUGACAAAUCAAUGGUAUCGCCAAUUGUGGAUAACAACCCAUUGCAUCAAUAUAACAACGAAGACGAAGAGAAACCAUCUCUGAAUUAUGUAGACGUUGGCUAUAGGUUAAAUCCCGAUGGAAGCGAGAGUCGAGAGGUCUUCGGAGAAUCAGAACUCUAUGAGACUGCCAAGAUCGAUUUGCACAAAAGUUUCCAUGCCAAUGGCUUUGCCCAAGAAACUACGACAGUGUAUGCCGUGAUUAAACCCGAUGUUCCACCACCGGCUGAACUCUUUUACCAUGGAGAACCGGUGGUGCAUCAAGAGAUAACGUCGUCGCCAGCCCAUUCUCCACCAAAAAUUCCGCCAAGUCCGUUGCGACGCAGAAGUUCCGACAUAAGCGGAAGUGUUGGCAGCUCAUCGAAAUCACCACCACCGCCACCACCAUUGAUUCCCAGUGUCACUACAUCACCAAUCAAGAAACCACCAUGCGCAGCACCAUUAGAGACUCAAGAUGAAUUCGAAAGUCCCGAACUGCCGGCCUUGCCACAAAGACCGCCACCACUGCCCGAAGGACCACCACUCGAUAUGCAGGAUAUAGAAUAUGCCGAUAUGAGUGGUGGUGAAGAUAAUGACAUUUUAGAAGACGACCAAGAAGAUGAAGAAAUUGAGGAAGAAGAAGAAGUUUUGAAUCGUAAUAAAAGAACGAAUGAAUCACUUGAAAUGGGACGUGAAGAUAGCCUGCCAGAUGAUAUGACUGCCGAUGAGGCUGAGCGGUUGUUGAGCUCAAGAAUUUUGGAAAGCAAAAUAAGACAACAACCCCUACUAUCGGACGAGCAAGCAAAGGAAGUCGAGCAGAUUUUAUCUGCACCUGCAGCUGCAUCAACUGCAACUCCAGCUACUCCAGUUACUGAAGUUACUCAAAUAGUUGCCACAAAAAUUGUUGUUUCUAGUCAUCAUCAUCAUCACCAUCAUCAUCAGUUAGUGGAAGAAGAGCGUAGAGUAGUAGAGGACGAUCCAGAAGAGGAAGGGGAGGAGGAGCUCGAGCCCGAGCCCGAGCCCCAACCCAAGUGUAACAACUACGAAAGGGUCGACGAUGAAGACGAACCCGAGUGGUUGCGCGAUGUCCUUGAAGCACCAAAUCGAAGUCUAGAGAACUCGAUCCAUAGCGAAUCGGCAAGUUUCCUCGAUGUCGACAAUGAACCUCAUCAAGUGGAUCUUGGUGUCACUGUAACUGCCAACAAAGUCGAAACAACCUACGACGAGGAAAUAAACUGCAACACAACCUUCGACGUUGGUUCCGAGUACAACAAACAUGACAUCUUCAAUCAGACCUAUGUCCAAGAGUCACUCCAUGAUAGUAUCGUUUCUGCUGAAUCUGCUGAUUCCACAACUCACAACAGCCUACAAACCACAACUAUCGACGAUAGCAUUAUCUCGAGCAAACACAAUUCGAAUUACUCCUUGGCAGAUCAUGAGACCACAGCAACAACCACAACAACACAGCUAGACGAAAACCAAUUCUAUAUACCAGAAUAUCCGCCAGUCCGGAGCAAAGAAGUCUACGUCGAGGGUGGUGUUCAUUACUUUGAGGAUGGCAAUUUCUGGAUGGAAGUACCCGGUCUGCUAGAAUCUGAUGAUGACGAUAUAACCUAUCCGCCCAUAGCAGUGAAGAAGAAUAAUAAGAUUCGAUUUAGUUCGGGAGCGAUUCAGGUGUUUUCGACUUUCUCCGUGACCGAUUACGAUCGACGCAAUGAAGAUGUUGAUCCGGUUGCCGCUUCGGCGGAAUAUGAACUUGAGAAGCGUGUCGAGAAGAUGCACGUCUUUCCAGUGGAAUUAAUGAAAGGUCCCGAAGGACUUGGUUUGAGUAUUAUUGGUAUGGGCGUUGGAGCCGAUGCUGGUUUAGAGAAAUUAGGAAUAUUUGUUAAAACAAUUACUGAUAAUGGUGCUGCAGCUAGAGAUGGACGUAUUCAGGUCAAUGAUCAAAUAAUCGAAGUUGAUGGAAAAAGUUUAGUGGGCGUUACUCAAGCCUAUGCAGCGUCAGUUUUACGCAACACAUCUGGUCUAGUCAAAUUUCAAAUUGGUCGUGAGCGAGAUCCAGAAAAUUCUGAAGUUGCUCAAUUGAUACGUUUGAGUCUGCAAGCAGACAAAGAAAAAGAAGAACGAUUAAAGAGACAACAAGAAGAAUAUCUACGUCGAACUCUGGAUUAUUCAGAAGACUCAACACAACCAGCUUCAGCUAAUUCAAGUGUAUCCGAGGGACCAACAAGUCCCGUUCAAGUUGAACAUCCAAUGGAGGUCGAAGCAACACACUCCCAAGAAGUGGAGUCUCUAAAGAGACUUCUACAAGAGAGUGAAAUGAGUUGCCUUUUAAAAGAAGACAUAAUCACUAACUUAAGAAGAAAGCUUGUAAAAUUAGAAACAACCGGCAAUGAAGAUGAAUUGCUGAACGAACGUUUACGCCAAACCGAACGUGAAUUAACUAACAUUAAAAAAGAGGCUUCUAACCUGCAAAAUAUGUUACAACAAUCCCAAAGUCAAUAUAUGGCUUUGGAUAAGAAAUACAACAAAGCCAAACGUUUGGUCCGUGAAUUUCAACAACGUGAAGUUGAUAUGGUCCAUCGUGAGGAAUUCUAUCAGCAGCUAUUGCAAGAGAAGGAUACCGAAUAUAAUGCCCUGGUGAAAAAGCUCAAAGAUCGUGUUAUCAAUUUGGAACAUGAAUUGCAAGAGACUCAGCGAAAGGCUGGUUUUCCUGUUGUCCUGCCAUAUGAUAGCACCACGCUUAAGUUAACGCCACAAAUGGUUCGUAAGGCACCACCAAAGCCGCUGUUCCACAAAUUAGAGACUGAACUUUCUGAUACUGAGAUUUCUGAUUUGUCACCCGAUGGGGAGGGUGUUAAGACUGCCACAGUAGAGAGGAAGGUUCCAAUUAAGGAUGAACUCGAUGCAGCUGUUCCACAACAUGAAUUGCUUGAUAAUUCAGCUACAAAGACUAAGAUCGAUUUGGGUAGGGCAUCACGUGGAGGUUUGGCAAAUCGCCAAUUACCCACAGGUAAGAAGAGUCUGAGCAAUAGCAGCUCCGAUUGCGGCCUUGAUAGUGAGGAUGACAUGGGUACAAAUGAUACAUCAUCGACGGGAACUACAAUGGUAUCAAAUGGCAACCAUCAAAACGGACAUCAUAAUUUGCACAACAGUGACAAAUACGUUCGGGAACAACAAAUCAAUCAGCUUUACGCUCAAGUGCACAAGGACCACAAAACCCAUUCCACUAUACCAAAUAUAUUCAAGACCACCAGCAGUGAUUCAUCGUUUGGUGUCAGUAAGGAUCUCAAUAGCUCAUAUGACAGUAUACUUGGUUCGAAUGAUAAACUCUCAGAGAACGAUCAAACCGAGAACUGGAUGUAUCCAAGUCGUCGGAGAGGUAACAAAGCACCACCGGCUUCUUUCACCGAUCAACUGAAUCAAGUUCUAUCCGAUCGAGAAAGACGCCUUGGUGAUGGUUCAUCUCGACAUUCCAGCGAUGAUUACACCGAAAUCAAUAAAAGCCAAAGUUCAGCGGCCAUAAGUGCCAAGACGUUGAUCAAUGAAAUUCGACAGGCCGUCAACGAAGCCCAACCAAAAGUUAAAAACGUUGUUCCUCAAUCCCUUUCUCCGCCUGGUACAGUUCCAUGGCAGCAACAAUCACAGUUGUCGUCGUCGCACCAGCAAGGUCCACCGUCCCCCACAAGCAUGUCGUCUGGUUCGACAUCGCCCGGCUAUUCGCCAAGUCGUUGCAUGGAUCUAUCCGGAUCGAGUAGUAGUUUCUCGGAAAGGAAAUCCACUCACAAUUACAAAGGUGGACCUGUGCACGAGUGGACCAAAGAACAGGUUGGACACUGGUUAAUGGGCAUCGAUCUUGAUCGUUACAUUCCAGUAUUCAAGGAGCACAACGUCGAAGGCGGUGCUCUGCUCACUCUAGAUUCCAAAGAUUUCAAAACCCUUGGUGUCUCGGGCGAUGAUAAACAACGUCUAAAACGGCGAUUAAAAGAUCUCAAGGCAAGCAUUGAGAAGGAACGUAAAGAUCAAGAACGUGAGAGACGUGAACGUGAAAAGGCCAUACGCAAAGCUGAAAAGAAAGCUGCUAAAAAAAAGUAAUUACUCAAAAAUUCGACCCUACUGUACUACAUUUUGAUAGAAUGAUAGAAAAGAGAAAAACCACACAAAACAAAAAACACACUUACAAUGGACUGAUUUAAUUAAUUUAUUAAACAAAUUAAGAAGAAAAAAA